CAACUCUACUUCGCAACACUUGCUUGACGCCGCCUGUGAUUUUACACACAAAAUUAGAAGUUAAUAAUUGUAAAAAGAACAACUGAACGGAAAGCAAAAAUUUUACAAACAUAGCCAACGGCAUAACAAAAGUGCAAUGAGUGAACAGCAAACAAAAAGUGCGACGCCUCAGCCGCCAACUGCAGCGACGGCCGCCAGGCAAAUAGUUUCAGAAUACAAUAAUAAAAAGACUGGAUCGGGUUGGCAUCGCUACUACAAGGAAAUCUGUGAGAAAUGCGAACGUUAUGCAAAAGGUCAACAGUUCACCACAUUGGAAUCGGAACGACCUCAAAAUCGUUCUCUGAAUCGUUAUCGCGAUGUAAAUCCCUACGAUCAUUCUAGAAUUAUUUUACAACGCGGCUCUGUCGACUAUAUAAAUGCCAAUUUGGUUAAGCUGGUUCGUGCCGAUCGUCAGUAUAUAUUGACACAAGGACCACUAGAACAAACAGUUGAGCAUUUCUGGUUAAUGAUAUGGGAGCAAAAUAGUCGUGCCAUCUUAAUGCUUAACAAACUGAUGGAAAAGAAGCAGAUCAAAUGUCAUUUAUAUUGGCCAAAUCAACUAGGCGAAGAGCUCAAGCUGAGCAAGGUCAAACUAACAGUGGAGCUAGUACGUUGCGAGACCUAUCAGAACUUUGUGCGACGGUGGUUUAAACUCACUGAUUUAGAAUCGGAGACAAGUCGCGAGAUUAUGCAAUUCCAUUAUACAACUUGGCCAGAUUUUGCUAUACCAAGUUCACCUGAUGCAUUCUUAAAGUUCUUGCAGCAAGUACGUGAUUCUGGUGGCUUGUCCCCCGAUGUGGGACCUGCUGUGGUUCAUUGUAGCGCCGGAAUUGGACGUUCUGGAACAUUUUGUUUGGUCGAUUGUUGUCUAGUAUUGGUUGAUAAGUUCGGUGAAUGCAAUGUCUCACAGAUUCUAUGCGAAUUGCGUAGCUAUCGCAUGGGCUUGAUACAGACAUCCGAUCAAUUGGACUUCUCAUAUCAGGCCAUCAUCGAGGGCAUCGAAAAGCUAAAUGAUCCCACUUUUCUCGACGCCGAAGAACCUCUACUUGGCAAUGACACGGAUAUUGCUAUACAAGAUGAAUUGCCACCGCCACUGCCACCGCGUACGUGUUCACGCUCAUUGCCCCCGGCACCCAAUACUGGUGGCGUUCUAACGCUGAAUAUGCGUGCAGCCAAAGCGAAUGGCCAGGACGAUGGUCAAGUGCCGCCGUGUGACAUUAUUGGAAAUAAACCAGCCAGCAAAGAUGCCCUCAACAAUUUUAUCCAUCAACAUGAAAUUAUAAAUGCCGAGGUAGCUGAUAGUUUGCGCCGUCCAUUGCCCCCGUUGCCUUCCCGGCUCGAUUCCGACAGCGAUGAUGAUGAUGACGACGACGACUACGGCAAUCACAAUGAUGAUGAUGACGAUGACGACGACGAUGAUGAUGACGUCGACGACGACGACGAUGAUGAUGAGAAUGACGAAGCCGACGACGAUGUGGCCGAUGACAUGGAAGAUCUUUUGGAGGCAGACUUUGAUAAUCUAAAUAGCAGCGAGCUAGAAUCGAUGAAUGGAAAUCUAUCGCAAUCCCAAUCCACAGCGGCGGCGACAGCUAAGACAGCGCUGAAAUCGGAUGAUGUGAAUGCCAAUAGUGAGAAGCCAACAGCAACAGCGGCAGAACAACAUCAUAAGGUCAAUGGCAUUGAUCUGGGCAGCCCGGAAACUGAGUUGAAGCGGCGAAAACGCAACGAGUAUCAGGCCACUCUGGAGCAGAAGGUCAACGACAUCAAGCGAAAGAAACGGGAGAAUGAGGAUAGCCAGCAGGCGGCAAAAAAACGAAGACGCGAAAACCGCAGCAAAUCAAUGCCCAUCCCAAAGAAAAAGAAUAAAAAAGCCCUCCCAGCCAUCUCAAUGCACUAAUUAAACAACACUGUAGUAAAAAUGCAAAAACAAAAGAUUCAACAUAUCAUUUGGCAUCAACAAAUUUAGCAUUUAAAUACAAAUAAAAAAAAAGAGAGUGAAUAUAUACACCCAAAUGCAGAAAUGGUUUGAAUUUA